CAGCAUGAGCAGUUAAUCAAAUCAAGAUUGUCUGAAUUCUUAUCACCACAAAACAAUAUUUGUUUUAAAAUUUACACUAUGGUAAGGGUCUACUUUUAUGUCUCCCAUUUGGAUAGAGUAGUUGACUUGACUAGUAUAAAUACUGCCUGAUACAUAUGUUUCAAUAACAUUAUUUCAUAUAAUGGAAGCCCUUAGUCUUCCUCUGCUCAUCAUGAUGAUCACAACUAUAUUUCAUGAGACCACACAUGGUGCUAAUACUACUCCUUGCUUUUCAUCUUGUGGAAAUAUCCAUAAUAUAACCUUCCCUUUCCGACUAGAAACCGAUCCACCCAGCUGUGUAUCAACGACGCUCUACAACUCGAAUGCUUUUGUUCUUUCUUGCAAGAAUAAUCGAACGAUAUUGAAAGAUGAUGGAAGAAGCUAUUACCAUGUUCAGGCAAUCAAUUACAACAACUACACAAUAAGACUUGUGGAUUCAAAUCUCCACAAGGGUAAUUGCUCCUCCAUCCCUACCUAUUCAUCUCUCCCUUCACCAUUUGAAUUACAAAUUAUGUUUCGACAGGGUGAGGCGUUUUGGUCCACAAAUUUUAUAACAUAUCAAUCUUCAGAGCGUGUAUUGUUCUUGAGCUGUGAAAAGAAAGUGUUCAGUUCUUUAUAUAUAGACACAGCUCCUUGCAAAAAUAGCUCUAAUUUGUCUGAAAAUCCCAAAACUCAGUUCUUAUACGCUGUGUAUGCUACUGGCUUCAAGUAUUCUGAUUUGGCCGAGUCUUGCCAAAUAUAUCAAACGGCCCUCAUAUCAUCGAGGACAGAUGAUAAGAAGAAGAAGACGAUGACUAUAUCCUACCAAGAUAUGCACGAUGAGUUCACCUACGGUUUCGAGGCUUCAUGGCUCCGAAUUAUGCAAAAACAUGUCGAAGAAAAUAUUUGCUUCAUCGAUAAAAGAGACAACAAGGCUUAUUGUGUGAAUCGUUAUUGCAGAGCAAUAAGAGUGGCACGGGCACUAGUGUGUAGGCUCUGGCAUACAUUGAACAAACGUCUGAUGAUACCAAAUGGCCAUCUUAGUCUUGACUUUGUUUGUCUUCGAUAUAAAAAUAUUGUUCAAAUUCUAGCACCUAAAACAAUAAUUGGGAUUUCAUUUGUUAUUGGUCUUAUAUUCUAUAAAUGGAAAAGACGCCAUAUGUCAAUAUACAAUGGCAUUGAAGAAUAUCUCCAACGCCAAAGUAAUCUCAUGCCUAUAAGAUAUUCAUACUUAGAUAUUAAAAAAAUGACAAAAUGCUUCGAGAUUAAAUUAGGUGAAGGAGGAUUUGGCUCUGUAUAUAAAGGAAAACUUCGCAGUGGUUAUUAUGUAGCUAUCAAGAUGUUGGAUAAAUCCAAAACUAGUGGACAAGACUUUAUCAAUGAAGUUUCUACCAUUGGAAGGAUUCAUCAUGUCAAUGUGGUGCGGCUAGUGGGUUUUUGUGUGGAAGGUUCACAUCGUGCCCUUGUAUAUGAAUUCAUGGCUAAUGGAUCUUUGAAUAAGCACAUUUUUAUUGAUGACAAAGAGAGAAAUAAUUCUUUAAAUGAUGAGAAAAUAUUUGAGAUCUCACUUGGAAUUGCCCGUGGCAUAGAGUAUCUUCAUCAAGGGUGUGACAUGCAAAUUUUACAUUUUGAUAUUAAGCCUCACAAUAUUCUUUUAGAUGAAAAUUUUAUCCCUAAGGUGUCCGACUUUGGUCUAGCAAGAUUAUGCCCGUUAGAUAAUAGUACAGUGCCCUUAACUACAGUGAGAGGAACCGUUGGAUACAUGGCUCCAGAAUUGUUUUACAAAAACAUCGGAGGAGUCUCCCACAAAGCUGAUGUUUAUAGUUUUGGAAUGUUGUUAAUGGAAAUGGCUAGUCGAAGGAGAAAUUUGAACACACAAACAGAUCAUUCUAGUAAAAUUUACUUUCCUUUAUGGGUAUAUGACCAUGUAGAGGAAGUGAAUAGCAUUGAAUUUGAAGACACCAUAAAUGAGAAACAGGAAGAGAAAAAAAUGAAAAAGAUGAUUAUGGUAGCAUUAUGGUGUGUACAAAUGAAGCCUUGUGAUCGCCCUUCAAUAAGUAAAGUCAUAGAUAUGUUAGAGGACCAUGUUGAAUGUCUAGAAAUGCCUCCAAAGCCCUACUUGUAUCCACAAGAAUCUUAUAAUAAUGCAGAUUAUACUAUUGGGGAGACACUAAGUAUAACAUGUUCAUCAUCUCUUUCAAACAAUGAUUAUUAAAAUUCAAUAGUAUCUUUUGGUUUUUUUUUAUGCUUUAUUCACCUAUCUAAUUAUUAUUGUACCCUAGUAUUAUGUAUUGUUAUUUUCCCUAUAACUAAAA